AAUCUGCCGACUCAUUUAGAAGGGACGGACAUGUUGGCGGAGAAGGCGGACCGCCAGGAGUUGAUUGACCUGUUGAAGAGGAUGCUGAGACUGGACGCUGAUAAAAGGAUUACGCCCACAAAGACCCUGGCGCAUCCGUUUGUGACCAUGAGCCACCUGCUGAACUUCCCUCACAGCUCACAUGUGAAGUCGUGUUUCCAGAACAUGGAUAUCUGCAAGAGAAGGAACGGUAGCUUUGACAGUGGGAAAGCCCUGUUUGCUGCUAACGCUGUUCCUGGAGCUGCAGGAAACCUGACGGUGACCUUCAGCAGCCAGCUGAACCAGCACAGCCAGGUUCCUUCUGCUGCUGGAGCCGUUCCUCUCCUUAACUACCAACCGGCUCUUUACCAGCAGGCCACCAUUAACAUCCCAGGCCUGGCCCAGCCCAGCAUCCCCCUGCAGACCCGUCCCACUCAGCUGUGUGCUCAGACCGAACCUUUCCAGCAAACCCUCAUCGUCUGCCCCCCCACCGCUAUCCAAGGGCUUCCAUCUUCUAAUAAAACCUCUAGCUAUCCUGUCCGGAUGGAGAACGGUGUUCCCGUUGUCCAGCAGAACCAGUCCACGCAGCCGCUUCAGAUUCAGCCCAGCAUGCUGACGCAGGGCUCCUGCACGCCUCUGAUGGUGGCCACGCUGCACCCUCACACAGCGGGAGUGGCGUCCCAGUACCCUCUGCCCCUGGCACUGGGCUGUGGGGCAGGAAGGCCUGCCCUGCUGGAGCAGACAGCCACAGUGCUGCAGGCCUGGCCGGCGGGAACCCAGCAGAUCCUCAUACCCUCCGCGUGGCAGCAGGUGCCUGGCAUGACCAUCCACAACCCCAGCCACCAGCCCACAGUGACCGAAUCUCCUCCGGAGACCCUACUGUCCCAGACCUCUAAACAGACUUCAAGCUGGAGGGCGUCUCGCAGCGGUCAGCACAAUGGCGUCGUCCAGCAGAACCCACACAUCCUCGGCGGCCUCAAUCUUUCUCAGUCUCUCAGUCGAGGAGCGUCUACAGUCACACGGUCUCAGAACAAGAGGAGCAGGGUCUGUUGUGACACUGGAAGCAGCAGUGCUCUGGUGGGCUCUCAGUCGCUCAGUGCUAUUCUCCCUCAGCCCAUCAUCAUCUGUGACACCCCGAGUCCUGCUGUCAGCGUCAUCACCAUACACAGCGACUCUGAAGACGAGGACGACAGGAAGUUCCACCCUGCUAGCUGUGGCCCCAGUCACAGGACUAAUGUGAUCAGCUGUCUGACCGUUCACGAUUCGGACAUUACUAAUACAAUUAAUAACAAUAAUAAUAAUAAUAAUUUGAAUGCAAAAAAGUCUAGAAGUUCGGCUUGUAUGUAG